AUGGCAAUCCUGGAAGAAGCCCAAUGGUUCGAGCGAAAUGAACAGCGGCGAGAUGCAUGGACGACCAUGCAACAUGCACUGGAGAGGAGGUACCUAUACCUGCGUCGAGGCUAUGGUGUCGAGUUAACUAUACAGAGGCACCGCCCGAGACCGAUAUCUCCAGAGCUCACAAAAACCGCCAUCCACAAAAGUUUCUACCAUCUGGACUGCGCCGAGAUGUACGGAACCGAGGAAGAAGUCGGGGUGGCCAUCGAGGAUGCCAGCGUGCCUCGAGACAAGCUCUUCAUUACCAAUAAGGUCACCCAGGGCAUUGAUGAUAUCCCUGAAGCGGUUGAUCAGAGCUUGCAGAAGAUGCAGCUGGACUAUUUUGAUCUAUACUUGGUUCACAUUCCUUUCUUCGCCAAGUCAGAGGCCGAUUUUCAACAUGCUUGGAAGUCUAUGGAGGACAUCAAGAAGGCUGGCAAGGCCAAAUCGAUUGGGGUCAGCAACUACAUGCGCUCCGACGUGGGCAACACAUACUACUUCCGUACUCCUUGGCCGGAACACUUUGACAAGGAUGAUCGAUCUUGA